AUGGCGGACCUGCAUCUGACGCCCCCCGGACUCGUCUACGGGCUAGACAACGGUGUCCCCUUCGCCAGGGAAAUGAUUUUUGCUGUCUUUCUGGCCCUCGCCCUUUUUAACUCCGUGGAGCUCGUCACGCUCACAUGCUGGACAUUUAGUCAAUAUCGCGGGUUAUACUUUUGGUGCCUUCUUAGCUCUUCUGUCGGCAUGAUCCCAUAUGUCGUUGGUUGCAUCCUCCACUAUUGGGCCGGUGCACCUCUAGGGCUCACCCUGCCUCUGUCCUGGAUCGGCUUUGUCGCCGUUGUCCCCGUUCAAUCUUUCAUUCUCUACUCCCGACUAUUCCUGGUCUUCUAUCACGACAAGUUCCUCCGCUGGCUUCUGGUGGGGAUUAUUAUUUCUUCUACCCUCCUGCUCAUCCCGAAUUCGGUCGCCAUGUAUGGCUCGGCUUUUGUAAGUUCACCGACUUGGAACUACGCCUACGGUGUGACAGAGCGGCUACAAGUAACCGGAUUCUGCGUCCAGGAGCUUGGGAUCUCCAUGAUAUAUAUCAUGUCAACCGUGAAGCUCCUCAAAGUAAGCCCCGAGGGAAAGAACCGCGCCAAGCUCAUCUUGUACGAGUUGUUGGGCAUCAAUACAGUCACCAUCAUUCUAGACAUCGCCAUCAUCGUGGUGGAGUUCUUGAACUACUACACCCUUCAGGUUUGUUUGAAGGUGUUUGUUUACAGCGUCAAGGUUAAGCUGGAAUUUGCAGUCCUGGGCAGACUCGUCGCCAUUACAAGCACGAGGCGGGCAAAACAGCGCGAUCGCGUUCGGCGGACCUCAUUUAUUGGGAAUACCCAUGACCUGUCCGACUUUACCAAUGGAGGCGCGACUAGUUCGGCUCAGGGACCGGCUUCGCUUGGUAUGGCGGAGGUCGAUCGGUCCAGUCCUACGAGGAGGGCUUCGGGGAAUGUACCACAGCCUAGUGCUUUGAAGGAAGUGAGGUCGGCAACUAUGUGA